AUAAACCGGGAAUACAAACCAAAACCCACUUCCGGUUUAAGUAUUUGCAGCGAAUGGUUGGUUGCUCUUUCACCUUAUCUUCAACCUCUCGACGUAAAGCCGCGAAAAAAUCAAAAUACCCCCCCCCCCUUCCCCUGUACAUUUUGUACUCCGUUUCAGCUGAAGACGUCUCCGAUCAAUCGUCGAUAUUCUCCGAGCAUCCGUCCACAAGCUACGUCGAGUGAAUUUCGAAUUCCUGUAGAAAUUUCGAGUCCAGCGGAUAGAGGAUCGUUGGCUGUGCCUACGCACAAGGUUACUGUACACGAUCGACAAAGAGGAGUAGUUCAUGAGUUUGAGGUUCCAGAGGAUCAGUACAUAUUGCACUCAGCUGAAUCUCAGAACAUUACUCUUCCCUUUGCUUGCAGGCAUGGUUGCUGCACUAGUUGUGCUGUACGUGUAAAAUCUGGAGAGCUGAUGCAGCCUCAAGCAUUAGGAAUAUCAGCAGAACUCAAGUCUCAGGGAUAUGCACUUCUUUGUGUGGGUUUCCCUACAUCUGACCUUGAAGUAGAAACACAAGAUGAGGACGAGGUCUACUGGCUGCAAUUUGGAAGAUACUUCGCUCGUGGACCAAUUGAAAGAGACGAUUACGCCCUUGAACUCGCAAUGGGAGACGAGUAGAAACAGAAUGGAACGUCCCAAACUUUCAGUAUUAGAAGUGACUAGUGAGUGUUAUAUUUCUUGUCCUGAAUCUCGUGGUCCAUCUUCGUAAAUCUUUUGAUAAACUCAGACGAGGUUCCGAGAAACUUCGCAGCAAUUCAACGUUUUAUAAAAAAACUUGAGCACCUUUUAUCCA